AUGACCCUUUCAAGAGUAGUUGAACAUGCAAAGAUUAGGAAGCAAAGAAAUCAGCCUAAUUUAGCCUCAGAUGUUAACCAGACUCCCCAAAGUUCAUCAUCCAUCAUUCCUCAUCAGCAGACUUCCAGAUUGAAUAAAAUCUCCAGCCCCGGUGGUGAACCCAGAGGAUUGUUGAUCUGCAGAAAGCCCAAGAAGAUGUUUUUCUUGGGACUUGGUUGUAAAGGGCCGUCAAUGCCGGCGGCGACAGCGCCGGAGAUCAUCAGAUCAGGAGCUGAUUGGGAGACCGGAAAUGAAAGAAGGAAGAAACAGGGGAGGAGGAAAGCACAUAGUUACAGGGCAGCCAGAAGUCCGGCCAAUGUGGAUAUUUGCUGUACUCCACCUGGGAUCAGUUUUUCCUGUGAUGUUGUUCCUAGUACUAGUCCAUUGCAUGUACAGAAUUCUCGAGUUUCAAGAAGGAAUAGGAACAGCAAUUAUUUCUCUGGUCCAUCCCCACAAAGGCUCCCAAUUCCAAUGCUUUCCAGAGCCAAUUCAUUCAAUGGUAGACAUCACCGUCAUGUGCGUCAUCAUCGUACCGACCGAGAAAUUACAGAGGUAAGUGCAAUCUCUGAGAGAAGGUUGGAUGAAAACUGGAGGCAUAAUAUCGACAGCGCCCUAUAUGAGGAAUUGCUUAUUUUGAGUGAAAAGAUUGGGUACGUAGGGACAGGCUUGAGUGAAGAAGAGAUCCUUGGCUGCCUGUGUAUAUUCAAGCCUUCAGAAUUUGUUUCAGGUCCUCUCUUAAUCUCCAUUGAUAAAGAAUGGAAAUGCAGCAUCUGUCAAGAAGGUUGCAGAACUAUAGACAGUAUCGGAAGACUUGGCUGUGGACAUUGCCAUCACAUUGACUGCAUUAAGCAGUGGCUUCAGCUGAAGAACGAAUGCCCCGUCUGCAAAACAGCACCGAUUGCUAACAAAUAG